AUGUCUACCCCGGCGAGCCCCGCAGAUGUUAAGCUGCCACAGCGGUCUGGCACUGUGAGCAGCGGCUUCACUCGGCGUACUUCGAUGAGUGAUGAUGAGGCUAUUCCCGAUACUGAUAGCAGUGAGACUACCACUCUCCUGCUUGAGCGUCUCCGCGCUUGGAAGCACAUGUGCGGAUAUCUCGAGGAUUAUUUCGCUGUCACGGCCAAGAUCCAGAAGUCUCAGUCUAAGGAUUAUGAGAAGAUCUUGAAGACCGUCAACGAACCCCUCAAGGAAGGCCACCACUUCAGCUCCAGCGCUGGCGGUGUGACAGGUCUGUUUGAGAACAUCCGCAACAACACCCAGGGCAUGGUGAACAUGUACCUGGACGGCGAAAACAAUCUCAAGAAAGGCGUCCUCCCCGCUCUCGAGCGUCUCCACAAAGAGAUCAAGAACAAGUCCAAGGAGCUCAGCUCCGGCGCCUCAAAAGGCGCCAAGGCAGUCGAGAAAGCCCGCGGCCUAACCCAGAAGCACAUCGAGCUCCUAGGCCAGAACUCGGCCUCAUUCGACUCCGCAGCCUCGCAUAAGAUCGAGCACCAGCACGACCCCUACCUCCUCAAACGCGGCAUCAACCACCGCCUCAACAACCAGGUCAACGAGGAAAACAACCACCGCCAGGACAUCCUCGCCGUGCAAAACUCCUUCCAACAAUUCGAAGCCCACGUCCUCCAGACCGUCCAAGGAACCAUGGAACAAUUCCACCAACACAUGGGCGGCCAGCUCGAACGCCAGCGCGCAAUGUACGCCGACAUCCUCGGCACAGCUCAGCGCAUCCCCCCAGACUACGAAUGGAUCAACUUCUGCGUGCGCAACGACGCAACCCUAGUCAACCCAGACUCCCCACCGCGCUCCUUCUCAAGCAUCACCUUCCCAAACAUGGACCACCGCGCCACUCAGCCUCUCAUCGAGGGUUCGCUUGAGCGCCGCUCCCGCGCCAUGAUCAAGGGCUACAGCACAGGCUACUAUGUCGUCACUCCAGCACGCUACCUGCACGAGUUCAAAGACAACGACGACUUCCGCCGCGACCCAUCUCCAGAACUCUCCCUCUACCUGCCAGACUGCAUCGUCGGCGCAAUCGACGGUGUCAAGUUCAACGUCAAGGGUAAGGAUGUCUCCUCGGGCAAGAUCGGGAACGCCUUCCACACAAACACCGAACUCAGCUUCAAGGCUCAUACCCCCAACGACGCCGAGCAGUGGUGGUCCAUCAUCAAGGACGCAACCCGCGGCCCAGCCGCCGCCGCUCCGGCCGCCGCUGCUGCUACCGCUACCUCGCCCACAGCCACUUCCCCAGCCGCAGGUGGCCCGGUUAGUCCCGCGCGCAGCGUCUCAGACCAGAACCAGCAGCCACCCAUUUAUGCCGAGAACGAGAAGCAGGUCGAAGGACAGACUUCCGGCGUGGCGUCGACUUCGCCUACGGCUACUUCCCCUGCUGCGGCUUCUCCUGUUGAGGCUAGGGACAAGGCUCCUACCCCUGGUAUCAGUCGUACUGCUAGUACUGCUAGCCACUUCCACGGUUCGCCGGGUGGUUCGGCUGUGCAGGAGAAGGCUGAGAAGUCGUAA